AUGGAGGCCUUCCAAGUUCAAUUUUCAACUUCUCUCUCGGUCCUUGAUCUUUCAUGGAACUCCUUCACGUUACUGAUGAUAUUCCCGUGGGUGUCGAACACCUCUUCCAACCUUGUUGAACUUGACCUUAGUCAUAACCUCUUGGAGGGUUCCACAUCAGAAUUGGAUCUGACGUAUAAUCACAUCACUGGCACUUUACCUGACCUAUCAGUACUGUCCUCUCUAAAAACAUUGCUUCUUUAUGAAAAUCAUUUGAGUGGAAAGAUACCCGAUGGUGUCAUGCGACCAUCAAAUUUAGAGGUUUUAUCAAUCAGGUCAAACUCUUUAGAAGGUGGAGUUCCAAAAUCAUUUGGAAAUGCAUGUGUUCUGGUCUCACUUGAUCUAUCUAAUAACAAUUUGAAUAUAGAUCUUUUAGUGAUAAUCCAUGACUUGUCUGGAUGUGCAAGAAACUCGUUACAAAGAUUGAGUUUGGGUGAAAAUAUGAUCAAGGGUACAUUACUUGAUCUCUCAAUAUUUUCAACCUUGCAAGAGUUGGAUCUUUCAAAUAAUCAAUUAAAUGGUAAGAUACCAGGAGAUAACAAAUUACCAUCGAAGUUGGAGUCUUUGUCAAUUGGAUCAAACUCGUUAGAAGGUGAAAUUCCAAAAUCAUUUGGAAAUGCAUGUGCUAGAUACUCACUGGAAGAAUUAUAUCUACACAUGAAUCAUAUCAACGGCACAAUACCUAAUCUCUCAACAUUCACAUCCUUAAAAAGAUUAUAUCUUAAUGAAAACAAGUUAAAUGGAGAUAUUCCUAAAGAUAUUCAAUUUCCACCUCAAUUGGAAGACCUAGAGUUAUCUGACAACUCAUUGACCUUGGCAUUUACCCAAAAUUGGGUCGCAUCUUUUCAGUUGCAGAACAUAAGAUUGAGAUCUUGCAAUUUAGGUCCAACAUUUCCAAAAUGGUUGCAGACACAAAAUGAAUUUGAGGAUAUUGACAUUUCAAAUGCUAAAAUAUCAGAUAUUGUAUGCUUGUUGGUUCAAUUCCUCCAAGUCUUGCUCGAAUUUAUGGACCUGGCAUGCUUGAUUUUGUCACAUAAUAAUCUCACUGGAGAGAUUCCAACCGGCACACAAUUAGAGAGUUUCAAUAGUUCAAGUUACGAAAAUAAUGUUGAUCUUUGUGGACCACCACUUGAGAAAUUGUGUAUUACUGAAGGGCGAACACAAGAACCAAAAGAUGAAGUUGAUGAGAAAGAAGAUUCAUUUUUGAAUAAUGAAAAUUUGAUGAGUAUGGGAUUUGGAUUUGUUGGUGCAGGGCAGGCAGUGGCACUCAGAGUAACAGCAGAUCGUUGUGCUUUCUAUAAUUGCAGGUUCCUUGGGUGGCAGGACACACUGUACUUACAUUAUGGAAAGCAAUACUGGAAAGAUUGUUACAUUGAAGGGAGUGUGGACUUCAUUUUUGGUAAUAGUACUGCACUCUUGGAACAUUGUCACAUCCAUUGCAAGUCCGCAGGGUUUAUAACUGCACAGAGCAGAAACUCUCCACAGGAAAAAACUGGUUAUGUAUUCCUCGAGGUAAUGGGGGAACUUCAUAUGCAUAUCUGGGAAGACCAUGGAGACCUUUUGCAAGAGUGGUUUUUGCAAGAGGGUCUAAAGUGUUCUGGACCAGGUUUCUGUCCAUCCCAAAGAGUGAAAUGGGCCAGAGAAUUGAAGAAUGAAGGAGCUGAGCAAUUCAUCGUGUUUACGGUGUGUCUGGUGUUGCAGGUUAUUCAUGGUGAAGAGGAAAUAAGGUGCAUACCAGAGGAGAGGGAAGCACUCCUUCAAUUCAAGGGUGCCCUUGUUCUUCACAAUGGCAUGCUCUCAUCUUGGUCCACUCCUCACUGUUGCCAAUGGGAGGGGAUUCGCUGCAGCAACCUCACCACCCAUAUUCUAAGCCUUGACCUUCACGGAGAAUAUUUCUAUUAUAGAAACUCUGGUCGUUAUAUCAGCGGAGAGAUCCACGAAAAUUUGAGAUACCUUGAUCUGUCAUUAUGUUAUUUUGGCGGAAAGAUUCCUAGUCAAUUUGGGUCACUUUCUCAUUUGAAAUACUUAAAUCUUUCUCGUAAUUAUUAUUUCCCUCGUCAACUUGGAAAACUCUCUCAGUUGCAAUAUCUUGAUCUUCGAUACAAUUCUUUUAAAGGAAAUAUACCAUCUCAACUUGGGAACCUUUCAAACAUAGAAGAGUUCUAUGUUGGAGGAUUUUAUGAUGAUACUCUCAAAAUUGACGAUGGAGGUGAGUGGUUAACAAAUCUCUUCUCUUUAACCCAUCUUUACUUGCAGUCUGUAUCAAAUCUUAAUCAUUCUCAUAGUUGGUUGCAAGUGAUUGCCAAGUUACCAAAAUUAAGGGAACUAAGUUUAGUUGAUUGUAGCCUUUCUGAUCACAUCAUUCUGUCAUGGAGGCCUUUGAAGUUAAAUUUUUCUACUUCUCUCUCGGUCCUUCAUCUUUCUGAGAACUCCUUCACCUCACCGAUGAUAUUCCAGUGGGUGUCGAACAUCUCUUCCAACCUUGUUGAGCUUGACCUUAGUCAUAACCUCUUAGAGGGUUCCACAUCAAGUCAUUUGGGCACGGUUAUGAAUUCGCUUAGACACCUUGACCUGUCCUUAAAUAGAUUCAAGGGCGGAGACAUGAAAUCCUUCAUGAAUAUAUGCACCUUACAUUCGUUAAUCAUGUAUGGAAACAAUUUGACUGAAUCCCUCCCAUCCAUUUUUCAUAAUUUGUCUAGUGGUUGUGCUAGACACUCAUUACAAGAAUUGGAUCUGUCUCGUAAUCAAAUAAUUGGCUCUCUAUUUGACCUGUCAGCAUUCUCAUCUCUAAAAAUAUUGGUUCUUGAUGAAAAUCAUUUGAGCGGAAAUAUACUUGAAGGUGCCAUGUUACCAUCUCAGUUGGAGAUUCUAUCAAUUAAAUCAAACUCUUUAGAAGGUGGAGUUCCAAAAUCAUUCGGAAAUGCAUGUGCUUUGAGCUCACUAGAUCUAUCUUUUAACAAUUUGAAUAAAGAUCUUCGGGUGAUAAUUCGUCACUUGUCGGGAUGUGCUAGAUACUCGCUACAUGAAUUGUACUUGAUAGACAAUCAAAUCAAUGGUACACUUCCUGACCUUUCAAUAUUUUUAGUCUUGAGAAUAUUGGAUCUUUCAGAGAAUAAGUUAAGUGGACAAAUAUCAGAAGAUAACAAAUUGCCAUCUUUGUUGGAGCUUGUGUCAAUUAGAUCAAACAAUUUAGAAGGAGGAAUUCCAAAAUCAUUUGGGAAUGCAUGUGUUUUACGAUCAUUGGAUAUGUCUUCCAAUAACUUGAGUGAAGAGUUUCCCACUUUAAUCUGUCACUUAUCUGGAUGUGCUAGAAACUCACUACAGAAGUUGAACUUGUGUGGAAAUAAGAUCAACGGUACAUUAACUGAUCUCUCAAUAUUUUCAACCCUGCAAGUGUUAGAUCUUUCAGAAAACCAAUUAAGUGGCAAGAUAGCAGAAGGUAACAAAUUGCCAAAUACGUUGGAGUCUUUUUCAAUCCAAUCAAACUCGUUAGAAGGUAAAAUUCCAAAAACAUUUGGGAAUGCAUGUGCAUUGCAAUUAUUGGACAUGUUUAAUAAUAGCUUUAGUGGUGAGUUUCCUGUGAUAAUUCAUCACUUAUCUGGAUGUGCUAGAUAUUCAUUGGAAGAAUUAUAUCUACACAUGAAUCAAAUGAAUGGUACACUACCUGACCUCUCAACAUUCACAUCCUUAAAAGAAUUAUAUCUUUACGGAAACGAACUAAAUGGAGAGAUUCCUAAAGAUAUUCAAUUUCCUCCUCAAUUGGAGAAACUCUACAUGCAUUCAAAUUCAUUAAAAGGCGUACUGACUGACUCUCAUUUUGCUAAUAUGCCUAAGUUACACACAUUGAUGUUAUCCGACAACUCAUUGGCCUUGUCAUUUACCCAAAACUGGGUCCCACCUUUUCAAUUACAAAGCAUAGGAUUGAGAUCUUGCAAGCUAGGUCCAACAUUUCCCAUGUGGUUACAGACACAAAAUGAAUUUGAAUAUAUUGACAUUUCAAAUUCAAAAAUAUCAGAUAUUGUUCCUGAAUGGUUUUGGGCUAAAUUACAAUUUCAACAAUCGGGGAAGGUGAAUAUUUCAUACAACAAUCUACAGGGGAUAAUUCCAAAUUUUCCACAAAAUAAUUCUUAUCCAUCCCUAUCCCUUGGAUCAAAUCAAUUUGAAGGCCCUAUUCCUUUAUUUCUACGAAAUUUUGUGUAUCUUGAUUUGUCCAAAAACAAAUUCUCAGAUUUUACUUUGUUUUUAUGCGCAAAUGGUACAAUCCAAACUUCGUAUUUGGACCUUUCAAAUAAUCAAUUCUCCGGACAAAUCCCAGAUUGUUGGAAUAAUUUCAAGUCAUUAACUUAUUUAGAUUUGAGCCAUAAUAAAUUUUCAGGAAAGAUUCCUACUUCAAUGGGUUCACUUCUAGACCUUCAAGCAUUGUUGUUGAGAGACAACAUUUUAGUUGCAGAAAUCCCUUUCUCAUUGAAAAAUUGCACAAAGCUAGUAAUGCUAGAUAUGUCAGAAAACAAAUUAUCUGGGACUAUCCCUUACUGGAUUGGGACAAAAAAGGAAUUGCAAAUUUUAAGUUUGGGAAUGAAUCAAUUCUAUGGGAGUUUACCAUUGCAGAUUUGUCGUUUAAGAAACAUUCAGCUCUUGGAUCUCUCUCUAAACAACUUAUCUGGGAAAAUUCCUAAAUGCAUAAAAAAUUUUACUUCAAUGGCUCAAACAUCUUCAAUUCAUUAUGGAGGACAUUGGUAUUUACUUACUUACGGUCGUUACAAUAUCUCAUUCAAUCAGUCGUACGAUUUGAAUGCAUUGUUGAUGUGGAAAGGUUCGGAACAUAUGUUUAAGAAUGAGGGUUUGUCACUUUUAAAAAGCAUUGAUCUCUCGAGCAACUAUUUUUCAAAUGAAAUUCCUGUAGAAAUAGAGAAAUUAUCUGGAUUGAUUUCAUUGAACUUAUCAAGAAAUAAUUUGAUUGGGAAAAUUCCUUCAAAUGUUGGAAAGUUAGCAUCACUUGAAUCUCUUGAUUUGUCAAGAAACCAACUUGUUGGUUCAAUUCCUCCAAGUCUUACUCAAAUUUAUGGACUUGGUGUGCUGGAUUUGUCACAUAACCAUCUAAUCGGAGAAAUUCCAACCGGCACACAGUUGCAGAGUUUCAGUAGUUCGAGGUACGAAGGUAAUCUGGAUCUUUGUGGACCACCACUUGAGAAAUUGUGUAUUGAGGGAGGGCCAACAGAAGAACCAAAAGAUGAAGUUGAUGAAGAAGAUUCAUUUUUUAAUAAUGAAUUUUUCAUGAGUAUGGGACUUGGAUUUGUUAGUGUGAAACAAGAAACACUUGAUAUUCCAAACCAUUCAAGUGAUUUGGCAACCCAGGUUGUUCAUGGUGAAGAGGAAAUAAGGUGCAUACCAGAGGAGAGGGAAGCACUCCUUCGAUUCAAGGGUGCCCUUGUUCUUCACAAUGGCAUGCUCUCAUCUUGGUCCACUCCUCAUUGUUGCCAAUGGCAGGGGAUUCACUGCAGCAACCUCACUGCCCAUAUUUUAAGCCUCGACAUUCACGGAGAAGAGGUUGAUUAUGGAAUCUCUGGACGUUAUAUCAGCGGAGAGAUCCACAAGUCAUUGAUGGAGUUGCGAGAAUUAGAGUAUUUGAACCUCAGUUCCAAUUCUUUUCCGGACAGUCACAUCCCAGAGUUUCUUGGUUCUUUAAGAAACUUGAGAUACCUUGAUUUGUCGUCAUGUCAAUUUGGCGGAAAAAUUCCCAGUCAGCUUGGGUCUCUUUCUCAUUUGAAAUACUUGAAUCUUGCUUGGAAUUCUCUGGAGGGUUCAAUCCCUCCUCAACUUGGAAAUCUCUCCCACUUGCAGUAUCUUGAUCUUGGGUACAAUUCUUUUGAAGGAAAUAUUCCAUCUCAACUUGAAAAUCUCUCUCAAUUGCAGUAUCUUGAUCUUGGGUACAAUUUUUUUGAAGGAAAUAUACCAUCUCAACUUGGGAACCUUUCAAACUUACAAGAGCUCUAUCUUGCAGGAGGAUAUUACGAUAAUCUCAAAAUUGACGAUGGAGGUCAGUGGCUGUCUAAUCUCAUUUCUUUAACUCAUCUUUCCUUAUAUUCUGUAUCAAAUCUUAAUCAUUCUCAUAGUUGGUUCCAAGAGAUUGUCAAGCGACCAAAACUAAGGGAACUAAGGUUAGUUGGUUGUAGCCUUUCCGAUCACUUCAUUCUGUCAUGGAGGCCUUCCAAGUUCAAUUUUUCUGCUUCUCUCUCUGUCCUUGAUCUUUCCUGGAACACCUUCACGUCAUCGAUGAUAUUCCCGUGGGUGUCAAACAUCAGUUCCGAACUCGUUGAGGGUGAGGAUAUGAAAUCCUUCGCCAAUAUAUGCACCUUACAUUCGUUAAUCAUGUAUCGAAACAAUUUGACUGAAUCUCUCUCAUCCAUUCUUCAUAAUUUGUCUAGUGGUUGUGUUAAACACUCGCUACAAGAACUGGAUAUGAGAUACAAUCACAUCACUGGCACUUUACCUGACUUGUCAAUAUUUCCAUCUCUUGAAACAUUGGUUCUUGAUGAAAAUAAUUUGAAUGGAAAGAUACCUGAAGGUGUCAGGUUACCAUCAAAUUUGGAGGUUUUGUCAAUCAACUCAAACUCCUUAGAAGGUGGAAUUCCAAAAUCAUUUGGGAAUGCAUGUGUUUUGGGCUCACUUGAUCUAUCUUAUAACAAUUUAAAUGUAAAUCUUCUAAUGAUAAUCCAUCACUUGUCUGGAUGUGCAAGAAACUCGCUAAAAAUAUUGAGGUUGGGUGGAAAUAAGAUCAGCGGUACGUUACUUGAUCUCUCAAUAUUUUCAACCUUGCAAGUGUUGGAUCUUUCGGAAAACCAGUUAAUUGGCAAGAUACCAGAAGGUGUCAGGUUACCAUCAAAUUUGGAGGUUUUGUCAAUCAACUCAAACUCCUUACAAGGUGGCAUUCCAAAAUCAUUUGGGAAUGCAUGUGCAUUACGCUCACUGAACAUGGCUAAUAAUAGCUUCAAUUGUGAGUUUCCGACGAUAAUUCAUCACUUGUCGGGAUGUGCUAGAUAUUCAAUGGAAGAAUUUCAUCUACAGAUGAAUCAAAUAAAUGGUACACUACCUGACCUCUCAACAUUCACAUCUUUAAAAGAACUAUCUCUUUACGAAAACAAGCUAAAUGGAGAGAUUCCUAAAGAUAUUCCAUUUCCACCUCAAUUGGAAGUACUAGAUAUGCAAUCCAAUUUCUUAAAAGGUCUGCUCACUGACUAUCAUUUUAUUAAUAUGUCCAAGUUAAUCAAUUUGGACUUAUCUGACAACUCAUUGGCCUUGGCAUUUAGCCACAAUUGGGUCCCACCUUUUCAGUUGCAGUCCAUAGGAUUGAGAUCUUGCAAUCUAGGUCCAACAUUUCCAAAAUGGUUGCAGACACAAAAUGAAAUUCAGAAUAUUGACAUUUCAAAUGCUAUGAUAUCAGGUUCGGAACAAAUGUUUGAGAAUAAUGGAUUAUCACUUUUAAAAAACAUUGAUCUCUCAAGUAAUCAUUUUUCAGAAGAAAUUCCCGUAGAAAUAGAGAAGUUAUCUGGAUUGAUUUCAUUGAACUUAUCAAGAAACAAUUUGAUUGGAAAAAUUCCCUCAAGUAUUGGAGAGUUAGCAUCACUUGAAUCUCUUGAUCUGUCAAGAAAUAAGCUUGUUGGUUCAAUUCCUAGAAGUCUUACUCAAAUUUAUGGACUUGGUGUGCUUGAUUUGUCACAUAACUAUCUAACCGGAGAAAUCCCAACCGGCACACAGUUACAGAGUUUCAAUAGUUGGAGCUACGAAGAUAAUUUCGAUCUUUGUGGACCACCACUUAAGAAAUUAUGCAUGGAUGAAGGGCGAACGCAAGAACCAAAAGUUGAAGUUGAUAAGAAAGAAGAUUCAUUUUUUAAUAAUGAAUUUUUUAUGAGCAUGGGAUUUGGAUUUGUUGUAAGCUUCUGGAUGGUGUUUGGCUCAAUCUUAUUCAAGCGUUCAUGGCGACAUGCCUAUUUCCAGUUCUUGAAUAAUUUAGCAGACAAUAUUCAUGUCAAAAUAUUGAGGCCGGAUUCAAGUUAG